ACCGCACGGCGGGCAGCGUCGUCUGUGGAGCUCCUGCUGGAGGCAGAGGCGCCGAGGGGCCGACUGGGCGGGCCGGGUCCGUCGUGGCAGCGCGGCCGGGGCCAUGGGGGGCUUGAAGGACGAGCUGCUCAAAGCCAUCUGGCACGCCUUCACCGCGCUCGACCUGGACCGCAGCGGCAAGGUCUCCAAGUCGCAGCUCAAGGUCCUUUCCCAUAACCUGUGCACGGUGUUAAAGGUUCCACAUGACCCUGUUGCCCUUGAAGAGCACUUCAGGGAUGAUGAUGAGGGGCCUGUCUCCAACCAGGGCUACAUGCCAUAUUUAAACAAGUUCAUUUUGGAAAAGGUCCAAGACAACUUUGACAAGAUUGAAUUCAAUAGAAUGUGUUGGACCCUCUGUGUCAAGAAAAACCUCACAAAGAAUCCACUACUCAUUACAGAAGAUGAUGCAUUUAAAGUGUGGGUCAUUUUCAACUUUUUGUCUGAGGACAAGUAUCCAUUAAUUAUUGUGCCAGAAGAGAUUGAAUACCUGCUUAAGAAACUUACAGAAGCUAUGGGAGGAGGUUGGCAACAAGAACAAUUUGAACAUUACAAAAUAAACUUUGAUGACAGUAAAGAUGGCCUUUCUGUGUGGGAACUUAUUGAGCUAAUUGGAAAUGGACAGUUCAGCAAGGGCAUGGACCGCCAGACAGUGUCUAUGGCCAUUAACGAAGUCUUCAAUGAGCUUAUCUUAGAUGUGUUGAAGCAGGGUUACAUGAUGAAAAAAGGCCACAAACGGAAAAACUGGACUGAGCGGUGGUUUGUGUUAAAACCCAACAUCAUCUCCUACUUUGUGAGUGAGGACCUGAAAGAUAAGAAGGGAGACAUCCUCUUGGAUGAAAACUGCUGUGUGGAGUCUCUGCCUGACAAAGAUGGAAAGAAAUGUCUGUUCCUAAUAAAAUGCUUUGAGAAGACCUUUGAGAUCAGCGCUUCAGAUAAGAAGAAGAAACAAGAGUGGAUUCAGGCCAUCCACUCCACUGUCCAGCUGUUGAAGCUGGGCAGCCCCCCACCACACAAGGAAGCCCGCCAGCGUCGGAAAGAGCUCCGGAGGAAGCUGCUAGCGGAGCAGGAGGAGCUGGAGCGGCAGAUGAAGGAGCUCCAGGCCGCCAAUGAAAACAAGCAGCAGGAGCUGGAGAGUGUGAGGAAGAAACUGGAGGAAGCAGCAUCUCGGGCUGCAGAUGAGGAGAAGAAACGCCUGCAGACUCAAGUGGAACUACAGACCAGGUUCAGCACGGAGCUGGAGCGGGAGAAACUGAUCAGACAGCAGAUGGAGGCGCAGGUUGCCCAGAAGUCCUCGGAGCUGGAGCAGUAUCUGCAGAGAGUGCGGGAGCUGGAAGACAUGUACCUAAAGCUGCAGGAGGCCCUGGAGGAUGAGAGGCAGGCCCGGCAGGACGAAGAGACGGUGCGCAAGCUUCAGGCCAGGUUGUUGGAGGAAGAGUCCUCUAAGAGGGCAGAACUGGAGAAGUGGCACCUGGAACAGCAGCAGGCCAUUCAGAUGACGGAGGCGGAGAAACAGGAGUUGGAGCAGCAGCGGGUCCUGAAGGAGCAGGCUCUGCAGGAGGCCAUGGCGCAGCUGGAGCAGCUGGAGCUGGAGCGGAAGCAGGCGCUGGAGCAGUAUGAGGGAGUUAAAAAGAAGCUGGAGAUGGCAGCUAAUAUGACCAAGAGCUGGAAGGACAAAGUGGCCCAUCACGAGGGAUUAAUACGCUUGAUAGAACCAGGUUCAAAGAAUCCUCACCUGAUCACCAACUGGGGACCCGCAGCAUUCACCCAGGCAGAGCUCGAGGAGAGAGAGAAGAGCUGGAAAGAGAAGAAGACCACGGAGUGACGGCUCUCCCAGUGGCCACCCCAGGCCCAGUCACAUCAGCGAGGAGUCGAGCUCCAUGCCCAGGACAAGGAUACUGGCUUUGCUGCUUCUAACCGUCUUCCCUCAAGGCUCCAGCGGGGUCCAUGUGCUGAGGACCCUGUAUUUACCUUCUAGCGCUGACUCGGCUUUCCUGGGCGAGAACAUGGGCACAGGUGUGGCGAGGCCACCCUCACCGUCUGCAGCCCUUGCCUCGCAUGGGAGGUCAGCUGCCUCUUCAGGGAGUGUACCUCCUCCGCUGAUUGGCCGGUCUGUUUGCCUGUCCCUGUCAGGUGACAUGGCAAGCCUUCCUUGGUGCUCCGAUGGACAAGUGGCCAGUCCUGCCCUUGUAGAUGGGAUGUUGUUGGUGAAACCUCCCAGCUUCAGCUAAGAUAUUUCCUUCCCUGAGCGGCAUGCACUUGGCAGGCUUCAUUUGCAUCUCCCCCCCACAAAGCAAAACAUGUCCUGGCCCAGUGUCUGCCUCAACCCAGUUCCCUGGACCUUCUGUCCCCCCCACACACACACCGCCCCCCAUCUAGGAAUGGAAGUAUUGUUGACUGGGGGAGGGGCCAACUUGAAAUCUGGUUGUUGGGGAGAUUGGGAGGUCUUGUGGACACUGUGGGAAGCUGACAGUAUGGGGGCUGGGUAGGUGUGAAGUGUCACAGGAUGAUGGCAGCCCUUGCUUUAGCCGAGCUGGGAUUGUGGCUUUCACUAGGACCGUCUCCCUGCUCUUCUCUCCUCUGUGGGUGACAUAGGUCAUGGUUUCUCUGCUUCUUGUGUGAGGGUUUGGGGAAGGUUUUCACCUACAGUCUGGUCUGGGAUUGAGACCAGUAAGUAAGCCUUCCCAGCUAGUUGGAAUCUGUAAGCACAGUGACUCAGUGGACAGCUGCGAUGUGGAAUUCAGUAACAGAGCAGAGAACCCAGGGUCCUGGUCCAGCCUUGCCCCGGGCAGAGAGGAGGCCAUCCCAGACAUGUGCAAGAGAUAGAGUUCAGUGUUCCUGGCAUUUACAUAAGGACUGACUGGCUAGAACUCCAUAAAUCUCUUCCUUUUAUGACUGGAAAACACCUGCCGAUGGAGGUCAUACAUUUCUCUUAAGAUUUUGGGCUGCUUAAUAAAAAUGUAAUUUUAUUUAAUGUUUCUAGUUGCCUUCAUAAAGUUUAGAUCUGUAUGCAGAUACCACUGUAUCGUGAACCUUCUUAGCUUAGUAGCUAACUUGGGUAUGGGUCUCUGCCUGGCCCUCAUUCACCUCUCACUCGCCAGCCUUUCCUUAUCAGUGCUGCUGGGCUACCAGCCCAGAGGACCAGGGCCUCCCCGGUGGCUUAAUGAUGGCUCCUAGGGACUUCACUGCCUCUGGAGAGAAUGAGGAGAAACUGCAAGAAGGUACUGACCAAUGUGAAAUCUCUGGAUGGAAGCAGCAGGCCUGGGAGUCCAGGGGAGACUGGGGUGGAGGGACCGCCAUGUCCUGGUGGGCAGACUGUUCCUCCUUAAGCCUGACUUUCUUAUAACACAGCCAGAAGCAGCCUGCAGCUGCCAUGGCCCUCAUUGUCUGGCCUGGGUGCGAGCUGAACACUGCCUACUUCCUGGUCGUGCAGUACUCUAUGACUAUGUAUGCAGAAGGUGUCUGCAGUCUAGUGUUUCGGGUUGACACACUGGCUUGAGAGUCCUGGCUGGGAUGUGACAUGACAGUCCUUUUAAACAGUGGAUAAAGAAGACAGCACAGGUGUGGAUUCUGUGACUCCUUUGGACAGAUGCUUUGAUGGUCGCGGCUCUAUCUCCUGAUGCGUGGCUGCCCACCCAUCCCUCGACUCACCUCUGUAAGAAGUACAAGAAACUUGAGGAGUGUCCGACAUGCUCAUCGUGAUUAGUCCUUCCUGCAGCUAGAGAGAAGAGUAUCUGCAGGAAUUGUGAAUGAAAACAUUUUGAAAGUCUGUUUGGGGAUCUGCCAUAUCGAGAAGGAACAAAGUAUUUAUACUUUUCAAGCAUUCUUAUCUAAAUGUUGUACAAUGUAAUAUGCUCAACUUUCUCAAUUUUUUGCUAAUUUUCUAAGAUAGUAAAAUGUUUUCUAUGGGUUUUAUUGUUUAUUUUUUUAGUACAGUGGACCCAAUAAGAAAAUUAAACAUACCAGAACAUCAUACAUUUUAAACUGGUUUAAUAAAAUGGUAAAGAGUG